GAAAGCCGCGAAACGUACGCCCGACACCGCGGAGGACAGACGCGAUUGCUCGCUGCACGGCACUGCAAGACCGAGCAGUAGAGAUACAGAGUUUUUUUCAAUCAGAACCCAAACCUUAUCAAUCGAAGCGCAGUGGUUGAUAGUCCAGUUGCCGUUAACGUCCAGGUUUUAGUAGCUUCGAGACUUUGCUGCAAGUUGCAGGGUGGAUCAUCUUCCACCUUUUCCUCUUCCUACGGUGCUGUGUUUCAGGCGAACAGCGAAAGGUUCGUUCGCACAGUGAAGGUGAACGCUUUAAAGAGAAAACGGGUAGCACGCUCGAGUGACGAUCGUUUUGUGGUGUGUGCAGAAGGUGAUCUCCUGCGCGAAGAAGAAGACGAGUGAAGAUAGUGAAAGUGGCACGGUCGCACCCUUUGCGUUCGCACAGCGAGUCUGAUUGUGUGCAGGGCCUGGUAACACACGCCCCUAUCAGUACAGGCCACAGCCCGGGAGCGAUUGCUACGUCCCAGCAUCCAAACAGCAAGAGAAGAAACCGCGCAUCCCAAAGUCGGCGCAGGUAAACGGUAAUCGAAAGCCGUUGUGUUAUUUGCCGAGAUCUCGCACUUGGUCUAGGCUGCUGCGCCCACAGUGGCGGCUAGUUCCAAAAAGGGAGGGGGUAGAAAGGAUAAGAUAGUUCACGGGCCAACCGUCCGAGCACACACCACCUUGUGCACCAUCAGUGAUUACCCAAUCAAUAUUAGCCGUGAGUAAACGGAUUGUGCCACAUAUUAGAAGCGGGUGCAGGGCCGAUUGGCAAACCGAACGACGCCGCUCGACAGCCGUGUGUGGCGCUUUCCCGGUAAAGGUGUUGGCCCUAGACUCCCCCCCCGGAGGUCGUCGGGAUGUUUGUGAAAAAUAUUUACAUUCGCCCCCGGUAAUCCCCUACUAAGGGGUGGGGCCUGGUUAAACCCCUUCAACAGUGUGUGUCUGUGCCAGAAAAACAAGAGCAUAAAUUGCCAAUCCCCCCAUUGGCUACGUGAGCCACACAACAGUGCAGGUUAAAAAGUGAAGUAGCCUCGUCGUCUCGGAAUCGAAUGCUCGUAGUAGCCUGUGACGGUAACCAAGAGCGACCCUUUAGUGUGAUAUCCAGUGCGAGUGGUCGUGUGCGCGUGUAUGUUUGAACAUUCUUCCCACUAUAUAUUCGCUCGACUCGAUCGGCCAUCAUAACAAACCUGUUUUACGCCCAACGUCAACCCUCCCCUACGGUCCCGGAGGCGAUCCAUUUUCGGACUUAAUGUUAUGAGCCGCUCCACUCCCAGACCGGAUCACCGGUAGUAUCGGCCAGAACAACACGAGGCGGGGUAGGGCCGUUUCGACACAUUUGCACAUUCCAUAAGCGGGUGCAAAACCGGGAGUCACAACAACAAAACAACGCGUGCCUAUAGCGUGCGCCAUUCGGUUCACCGAACACCGCGAACGGCUCGAACAAGUAACCGCGAGCGGCGGCCACAUCGUCGACGCCGCACAACACAACACAACCGGAAGCACUCCAGGGGCGUCGUCCCGCACGGCAUGACUUCUUCCAUAUUCCUCACCAUGGCAGGAUGGACCAGUGACAAAUUUCCUCGGCUCUCCUGUCUCGACAACAAUGGCCUCAAGCGGACCCUGCUGAAGAUGCUGAUACUGGACAAUGGCACCAAGAACACGAACAUUGAAACCGAGCGUGGUGCGGCCGAGUAUCGCGUCGAGCAGGGCAACAACGCCGCCAACAACAAAUCGCUGCUCAGCUUUCUCGCAAUCAAUGCCCUCGAACUGAGCGCACCGGCCAGUCCGGUUCUGUUGGAAUGCAACGCACCAGCCGUACCGUCGGGAUGGUUACAGCUAUCCGGUCACCCGAAAAGCAUAGCACCGGCCGCCAAUGGGAUCGUGCGAAAGCGUGUUUCCGGUCUGCAUGAUACCGAGCUGCUCGCCUACCGCCAGCUCAUGAUCGAUCCGCACGCGGUCAAGGUGGUGCCCAAGUUUUACGGGGUGCACCAGUGCUGCGAUCGGACCGGUGAAACCGGUGCCAGUGGACCGGAGUACUUCAUCGAGCUGCACAACAUGCUGCACGGUUUCGUCGAUCCGAACGUGAUGGACAUUAAAAUGGGCUUCCGGACGUUCACCGAGAGCGAAGUGAGCAACACGGCACUGCGGGAGGAUCUGUACCGGAAGAUGGUGGCGGUCGAUCCGAAUGCACCGACCGACGAAGAGCAUCGGGCACGGGCCAUCACUAAGCUACGGUACAUGCAGUUCCGCGAGAACAUGUCGUCGACACAGGAGAAGGGUUUUCGCAUCGAAGCACUCAAGAUGCGCGGCUGUACGCCCGUGACCGAUCUGAAGACGAUCAAGACGGACCGACAGAUUCAGGGCACGAUCGGGCACUUUGUCGGUGGCCGGCGUAGUGUGGCGAAGGACAUCAUCAAACGGCUGAAGCAGAUGCGGACCGCAAUCGAGAAGUCGAGCUUCUUCGGCCGGCAUCAGGUGCUCGGUAGCAGCGUAUUUAUCGUCUACGAUGACCAUCAGGUCGGUGUGUGGUUGAUCGAUUUCGCCAAGGCCCUACCGCUGCCCAAGGGCACCAAGGUGACGCACCGGACCCGCUGGCAGAUGGGCAACUGUGAGGAGGGGUUGCUGCAUGGCUUCGACGAACUUAUCCGCACGAUGGAAGCGGUUCAGCAUAAUGUGCAGCAACAGCAACGCCAUCCAUCCCGGGCUAACGAGGUGUAACUGCAGCACCAGCAGCAGCAGCAGCAGCAUCAAACCCCUCGAAGGCCGGUUCCCUCACCGGUGUACCGUCAGCCGAACCGAAACUAGUCAGCAUACUUUGUGUUAAAAGGAAAUCCGAUGAUCUAGGCAGAGGAUGCAGAGGAGCAUGAGAUGGUGUGCCCUCGUGCCGUUUUGGGGGCCAUUGGGGCCGAGAAGACUGAAACCAUUUCGCAGCACAGCGCGCAAGGUCCUUGAAGAAGCACGCCAUGCCGAUAUGCUCGCGAACGUGUUUUUGUAGUGUGUUUAGAAGAGGAUUAACCGAUUGUUUUCCAUAUUGGAAAAGAUGUUUAUUACUAUUACGAUAUGUACGGCCAAAGCAGGGAAGAAUGAACAGAAGAAAACCAAAAAAUGGAUGAUGCGAAGAGAAUGAUAGUGAUGCAAGUGGAGGAACACGAGUCGCGGCAUUAGCGUUUAAUUGAUACUCCUGCAUCCAAAACAUUGAAAUCAUGUCGAAGUAUCGCUACAAUGAGAUCCUUUAAUGUUGCAUUUUAUAUUUAAAGCAUGAAAGAGAAUCUAUAUAAAAGCAGAGCAAAGCUAUUUGUUAAUAAAAUAAAAGGAUUAAACUAUUAUUAUCUCAAACGGCGAAAGUUCAUUUCUUUGGCUUCUUAUAAUGGUGCGUAUUUUUAUUAUCAGCAUAUAUUUACGUGAGGUAACACGAGAGCCAUGAACCGUGCGUUGCCGAGAUGACCCCCUCAACGAAGGCCAACGACUUUGUUCGUGACAAGUUUUCCAACCUGAGCCCCCCGCUGAGAAACGAUGUGGAAUCAUAUUUUGCAUUUUUUAAACAUUAAAUUAAAUCACAUAAUUUAUUAAUCCGUUGCUUACUGUGUAACUAUGCAAAAGCGGUUUUUAAAUAUGUAAAUACCUCCCCUCAAGAGGCUCAGAAAAUCGAAAAGCUAUUAAAAUACAAAAUUGUUUCAUUUUUAAUACAUCAAUC